CGACGACUGGGGAAAGAAAAGCCGAAGCUAUAUCUACUGAUUCUAUUCUCGUCGUCCAUGGCGGACUAGUCGAAAGGUUUUAUCACCCCCUCGAAACGGCACCCAGCAGUUUCCAGUUUCGACCACCCUAGGCUUAGGGUUUUCCAUUUUAUUCAGACCUAGUAGUCUGGAUUAUUUUUGGUUUGCUACCAGUUUAUUACUUCUGCUCUCUGCCAUCCGAACCCUAGUUUGGAAGAGAAUCAAUUGCAGUGAUUCAGCAUUGUAAUGUAAUUUUCAGGCUCAGAAUUCAUUAGUUGGUGGUUGAGCAGUGUCAGCUUAACUGAAAAUCAACUUUUAGUUUUUGGCUUUAGUUUAGGCUACUCAAGUGGGAUACUAGGUCUUCUUUUUCCCAAGAUUGCGACAUUAUAUAUUGCUCUGUUCUUGAUUGGGUGGUUACAAGUUUUAUGGCUUCUGAAGUGCAGAAUUCUGGACAGGAAACAUCUUACCAAGUCUCUGGAGCCAUAUGAGGUUCUGUUCUGAUCAUAAGGAAAAUGUUAUAUUUUUGGAGGAAAUCUCACUUUUUGUUGACUCCAUCCUCCUUCGUCUCCAUUCUAUACUCCUUUGCCUGGACAAUUAGAGCUUUGAGAGCUACAACAUAAGUCAUAGCAAUGGAAAAGAUGAUGGAGAAAAAGUUUUCCCUUGAUGCAAAAGACUACAAGUUAUAUGAGGAAGUUGGAGAAGGUGUCAGUGCAUCAGUAUAUCGAGCUCUCUGCGUUCCAUUUAAUGAGAUAGUUGCAAUUAAGGUUCUUGAUCUGGAAAAGUGUAAUAACGAUCUGGAUGGCAUUCGUCGAGAGGUACUAACAAUGAGUUUGAUUGACCAUCCCAAUGUAUUACGUGCGCACUGCUCAUUCACUACAGGCCACCAUCUUUGGGUUGUCAUGCCAUACAUGGCUGGGGGAUCUUGCCUUCAUAUAAUGAAAUCUGCUAAUCCAGAAGGUUUUGAGGAACCGGUGAUUGCAACAUUGCUACGUGAAGUACUUAAGGCUCUUGUUUAUCUUCAUGGGCAGGGGCACAUACAUAGAGAUGUGAAGGCUGGGAAUAUUCUAAUUGAUACUAAUGGAGCUGUCAAGUUAGCAGACUUUGGGGUUGCUGCAUGCAUGUUUGAUACUGGUGAUAGACAACGUUCUAGAAACACAUUUGUUGGAACUCCAUGCUGGAUGGCACCUGAAGUUAUGCAGCAACUGCAUGGAUAUGAUUUUAAAGCAGAUAUUUGGUCAUUAGGAAUAACAGCACUUGAACUUGCUCAUGGUCAUGCACCGUUCUCUAAAUACCCCCCAAUGAAGGUUCUUCUCAUGACUUUGCAAAAUGCACCCCCUGGUUUGGACUAUGAAAGAGAUAAGAGAUUUUCAAAGUCCUUCAGAGAAAUUGUAGCUGCUUGCUUAGUCAAGGAUCCAAAGAAACGACCCUCUUCAGAAAAGCUUUUGAAGCACCCUUUCUUUAAACAUGCACGGUCAUAUGAAUAUUUAUCACGUACAAUUCUUGAUGGGCUUCCUCCUUUAGGUGAUCGUUUUAGGAUGCUUAAGGCAAAAGAAGCAGAUUUUCUGGUGCAGAAUAAGUCAUUAUACGAGGACAAAGAGCAGUUAUCUCAGCAAGAAUACAUCCGAGGAAUUAGUGCUUGGAAUUUUAAUCUGGAGGAUUUGAAGAAUCAAGCUGCUUUGAUUCCAGACACUGAUAUCACAAAUGCUGAAGAUCAAUGUAUGAGUCCCAAGCAAGGGGCUGGGCUACAUGAUGCAUUUUCUCCCACAGAGAGGCCAUCCCUUGAUAGGCCUGUCCCAAAUUCUGUGGGUCAUAUGGAGGAUAGGCUCAAUGAUAUCCAUGACCUGGAGAAUUCACUUGCUGCCUUUCCUAUGAAACCUCUCCAGGCACUGAAAGGUUGUUUUGAUGUGUGUGAGGAUGACUCGGGUGCUGGUAGUCCAUGUUGGAAACAUGCUGUUCAACCUGAUACUGAACAGUUCUCUCAAGUACAGUCAUCAAGAAAAUGUAAAAGUCAAGAAGUUGGCAGGGAUGAUGGUGAGAGUCCAGGGCAAAGUAGCUCCUUGACACGUUCUGCUAUUCCAGGGCAUAAAAAAUUAUUAAGUGGUUCAAUCAUGCAGGAUAAUGUUUCUUCGUCCAAAAAGGUUACUGGUGAUGGAGACAGGGAAUAUAUGCAACCAAAAUAUACCUCAGAACGAAAUUAUAGUGGUCCUUUGCAGUAUCGUCAAAAGAAAGACAUCAUUAAUCCUACUUCAGGGGAUGAUAUGUCUGAAGGUGCUGUUGUCCAAAGAAAGGGGCGUUUUAAAGUCACAUCGGCAGAUUUGAGUCCCAGGGGUCCUACGAACUCUUUCUUUGGUGCUUCUUCUGGAGGAUCGACCAUUCCAUCGAGCUCAUGCCUUACAGCUGUUUCAAUUCUUCCAUCCUUGCAAUGUAUCCUUCAUCAGAACAGUAUUCAGAGGGAAGAGAUAAUGAAAUUGAUUAAAUAUGUGGAGCAAUCUGGCCCUACGGAUUUUGUUGAGGGAGGUAUCAAUGACCUUUUGCAGGUACCACCAACUACUUCGAGGGAAAAGGAGCUGCAAUCCCACGUGAUUCAAUUGCAACAGAGCAUUGGGAGUCUGGUCGAGGAACUGCAGAGACAGAAGUUGAAAAAUGCUCAGCUGGAAAAGAAAGCGAGUGCAUUGCUCAAGGACGAAAAGUCGUGAAAAUGGCAUUGUAACAUCGGUGGCGAUUUUGGUGCCCGCUUGUUGGUUGCUACGGCCUUCAGACAGACUACAUUGUAAUUUUUGUCCACCUCGUGUGAAUAUUAAAGCCGGCUACCAGUUAUUGAGAUGCCAUUCUUGAGUGUCAUACAUGUUGUAAUAUGGUUGUGACAUUGUAAUUAUGAUUAGUGGGGAUAUAUAUAUAUAAUUUUAUUUCAGCUCUG